AUGGAGUGGGGUUGUAGGGCAUCGGAGCCUCGGUUAGGGAAUUCGUUCGCUCCGGGGCUUGGCUGGACUAAGGAUCUGGGUGAGGGCUUGGCACGGUCCAGCCUGGCUGUGCGGGACAAGAAUAUAGUCAUCACGGUACCGCAAAAAGUGGCGGCAACGUCUUCUCCUGCUCAAGACAGCCCAAAGCGCCUUCUGACUCUGCCAAGACGUUCUUCCUUCCACCGUGGUACUAGGCUAAAGGAAUGUUCGUUGGAUGUUCCAGCUACUUGUCCCGAAGACCCUUGCCUUUUGCAGAGUGCUACAUGUAAAGUACUUGUAUAA